AUGAUUUUAGCUGGUGACCGCUCUUUGCUGGCAGCCCCAUUUGCCGGCUUGCCUUAUGAUUCGCCCACCUGUCCAGUCCCGUCCACCCCCCCCGUGUCCCUCCCUCGUCCCUGUCCACAUCCCCGCCUUGGUCCUCCUGAGGCCCCGGGCGUGCUGGCGCCAAUCCUACUCCAAGCCGUCGCUGCCCUGGUCGCGCGCGAGGAGGGCACCGUCCCCUCGCACCCCCGGGAUCCGAUUUAUCGAUCUCCUCGUGGGCGGACCCACCCGUACCUUCGCGCGCGCGGAGGGUCGUUCCGUACCCGCCGCCCUCCUCGGCGCUCACCUGCUGUCCAGCGACAGGUGGUCGGUCCGCUCCUCCAGCAACCCGCUCUUGCCGCGCAGUCCCAGCCGCUGCGGCUUCCUCCCUCGCUGUCUCAGUCGGCAUCGUCUCUGCCGUGCUCGGCGUCGGAGCCCCCGCCCGCCGCUGUUCCUCUGCCUCCUCCGUACACCCAUCCUCCAACCGAGGCGUCACCCCCCGUUCAUGCCCCUCCGGCCGCGCCUUCUUUCCCGCUGCCCCCAUCAGCGCCUCCUCCCGGUGGUCCACCCGUUCCUCCUCCCCCUCCUUCCCCCCGGUCCCAGACGGGGCAUGCUGUGACCUCUCCUGUGAGGAUCUAG